CAGAAGAUGGCAGUAAUGCAACACGAAUCACGCCAGCUCCCUUUAAACCGGAAACCUUGAAGACAAGUAGACGAAGAAGAAGAAGAAGAAGAAGAAGAAAACAUUCUUUGCGGUAUUAGUUUGGUUCAAACAGUGUCAUAUGGAGCGUCUGGCAUCUUUUGGAAAUGAUCCUUUUGAUAAGCCACCAUGCAGAGGUUGCUCAUCGUAUCUAACUGAGCCUUACAUCAAGUGUGCAGAAUGUGGACCCUCGCCUUUUUUACUCUGCCUUCAGUGUUUCACCAGAGGAUUUGAAUAUAAGAAGCAUGAGAGUGAUCACAAGUAUGAAAUAAUGACGUCAGACUUCCCCGUGCUGGAGCCUGGAUGGACGGCACAGGAAGAGAUGGCCCUGUUGGAAGCAGUCAUGGACUGUGGCUUUGGAAACUGGCAGGAUGUGGCAUAUCAGAUGCGCACUAAAACCAAAGAGGAAUGCGAGAGCCACUAUAUGAAGAAUUUCAUCAAUAACCCGCUCUUCUCCUCCACCUUGCUCAGCCUCCGAAAAACAAAAGACUCUCGCUUUGCAGAGGGAGCUAUUCCUUUCAAACCCACUGACGAUCCCCCUCGGCCCACAUUUGACUCUGUGCUGUCUCGAGAUAUGGCUGGAUACAUGCCUGCCAGAGCGGACUUCAUGGAGGAGUUUGACAACUAUGCAGAGUGGGAUUUGAAAGACAUCGACUUUGUGGAUGAUGAUUCGGACAUCCUACGUGCACUCAAGCUUUCCGUUGUUGAUAUAUAUCAUUCAAGGCUAAAAGAGAGACAGCGGAGGAAAAAGGUAAUCCGAGACCACGGACUGAUCAACCUGCGGAAAUUCCAGAUGCUGGAGCGAUGUUACCCAAAGGAGGUGCAGGAGCUAUAUGAUGUCAUGAGACGAUUUGCCAGAGUGGUUGGGCCGAUUGAACAUGACAAAUUCAUCGGAAGUCAUGCACUAGAGUUUGAUCUGAGGAGAGAGAUCCGCAGGCUGCAGGAGUACAGAAAAGCAGGGAUCAAGUCUUUCUGCAGUGCCAAGGUGUAUGAGCGGGUGAAGCGGAUGCGGGAGGAGGAGCGGAGGAAGCGGACCAUGUUGUGUGACGUGCUGCAGUACAUCCAGGAUGGCAGAGCCUGCCAGCAGUGGCUCAGCAAACAAGCUGCAAUAGAUGCUGGCAUCACUCCAGCUGUCACAACAAUCACAGUGUCAGCGACAGGUAGGCGGAGCGCCCCUCCUCUCAACCUGACUGGGCUUCCAGGGACAGAGAAGCUCAACGAGCGGGAGAAAGAGUUAUGCCAGGUUGUGCGGCUGGUGCCAGGGGCCUACCUGGAAUAUAAGCAAGCCUUGCUAAAUGAGUGCCGACGGCAGGGAGGGCUGCGGCUGGCGCAAGCCCGAGCGCUGAUCAAGAUCGACGUCAACAAGACACGCAAAAUCUAUGAUUUCCUAAUUAAGGAGGGCUACAUCACUAAGGCCUAGGAGCGUUUGAUUUGACCAAAGUGGAGAUUGGAUUUUGGUUAGAGGUUCAUUUUUUUUCUAAUCUUGUAACAUUGUAACCUUGUGUUUUGUUGCUGCUGCUUUUGCAAUUUGCAAUUUUGUAACGAGGUCUGUUUGUGUGUUUGAGUCUAUAAUGUAUUAAAAUGGCAAAUGUCUUUGUAUAAUUCUCUGUCAGAAGAACAGGGUCUCAUAUUAAAAUGAGGAUGUAUUUAUUUCUCCUGUCAUAAAAUGUUUAUGAAAAAACAAUUUAAAGUGUAUGUUGAUAUUUUAUCUUGUGCAGAAUCGGCCCUACUUGGACUGAAAUGUCUGGGAACCCUUUAUUUCACAGGUCAUGUAAUUGACCUAAGAUUAACUAGAUAUAAAUAUAUGUGAAUUCAUAGCACAUUUUGUGGAAAGUGUAGUUUUGCACUAAUUUAAAAGGGAAAAGGAGA